AUGGAAAUUACUACUCGGAGUGGGAAGGUACUACAAGGAGAAAUUGAGCAAGCGAUUGAAGUGGAAGAGUCCAAACAAGAGGUUGAGGUUGAAGAGCCAAUGGCUGUUGAAGUUGAAAAGGUUCCGGAAGAAGUGAAAGUGCAAGAAGUGAAUCGGGAAGAGGUAAAGGCAAAGGUGAAAGAGACACCAAAAGCUCCACCUCUUAUUCCUAGACCUCCUCCUCCUUUUCCUCAAAGACUUCAAUUAUUGGGAAACAUUACAUUCUUGGAAGCUUUUCAAGAGAUGCCGGGUUUUGCCAAAUAUUUGAAAGAUUUGAUCACCAAGAAGAGGACCACCAAGAAUGAGGUGGUGAACAUGACUGGCCGGGUUAGUUCCAUUAUUGCCACAACCACCGUUCAAAAGAAAGAAGACCCGGGAGCUUUUACUAUUCCAUGCACUAUCGGGGCGCGUGAUUUUGCAAGAGCCCUUUGUGAUAAUGGGGCUAACAUUAACUCAAUGCCGCUUGCCAUUUACAAGUAA